GCUAAGUAGAUAACUUAAAGUUGCUAUAGCUAGCUAACUAUAUAGUAUAAUAGCUAGAUAAUCUAUAGCUAGGUUUAAUACUUGAGAGCAUACACGGAGCUACAUUAUAGUAACUUUUACCGCAAGUCAGAAGAGAAAAACGAAACAAAGUGUGCGAAUCUUUGCUUUUGUUUCACCACACACCCAGAUACAAUGAAUAUCAGCCUGUAUUUUUCACCAUCCUUCUAUUAAAUCGGCCUGGGAUCAAAGCUACAUUACCACUUGAAUGUAUGUUUGGGCAAAGACAAAAAAAAACCAUUGAACUGACCGGGUUGACUUGCUUAAACUCGUCGAUAAAGUCUUUACCAGAAGAGCAGAGAGUCUGCUUCUGUGGACUGUCAGAUAGCACUUUAAGGCCUGUGAAUGUCAUGAGUGUGGCAGAGCAUCAGACUAAGUUGUCCAUGCAACAACUAGCUACACAGCACAAUCACAAAGUUAUUGCAGAGACCCAAUUUAUUGUUGGACUGUGAAUGGAGUUGAUCAUGUAUCUACUCAAGAGGAGGCCUGUGAAUUCAAAGGAGGCAUGAUACCUAAUUAAAGUUUGCUCUGCUCCCCAGCCUUGCUAUUAAAAUCUCUAGUCAUGAUAAUUUAUGAAUACAAAAUGAAUAUAGACUAGUCAGCAAAUACUCAAACAUCAUCACAGAGGCUUCCUCAUGCUGUACAUGUGUGACGAGAGGCUCAUAAACACACAUCAGUAACUACUAACUACUAACCUUGAGGACCAAAAGCUGAUUCUAACAGUUCAAGAGUUAGCAAGUAUCCAUGUGCCAUGCUGUUGGUUCACGCCCACUAUUAAAAUCUAAGUCCACAAGACUACACGUGGACUACAUACAGCGCAUGCGCCUUAUCCACAAGUCGUCACAAUGUAACUGUUAUAAAACCAGCACCCUGAAUUGAUUCGUUCCAUCAACAGGUUAAAGUCUAGUUUGCACAGACUAGCAGCUUUGUGCGAAAAAACGCUCCUGAUAUUUACAUUACUGUCAGCAUGUAUCCAUUCUCUGGAUCUGGCCACCAUGGACAGCCACCCUACUCACGACUCCAACCCAAUGUGUGCAGCAGUCAAACACCUGGCAUGUCCGGGCUCUCUGCCCUCGUCUCUCCUUUAUCGAGUUUUGCAUCGAGUUUUGCACCCUGUCCGCAGUCACAAGUACUAUCCCAUCAACCAGUCUACCUUUCUCAUUCGCCACUAACAAUGGGAAUGUCUGACUCGGAGCUUGGGUCCCCUACUAACCCCAUUAGUCCUCAAGAAUCGCUACUAGAUGGAGUGAACAACGAUAGGGACAGAGGCGAAUCGAAUUCUCCUACUUUUGUUGAUUUUUCUGGCUACUCGUCACCGCCACCACCACUACCAAGAAGCAAGCCACACUGCACAAUGCCUGCUUCAAGUUACUACACUCCGUCUUUCCCCUUCCCAGCCACCCCUAGCCUGUCAAGCAGCACAAUGAUGCCGCCCUAUGUACCGCCCCCUGUUCAUCCAACUACAGUCUAUAAUCACCAGUUUGGUGAUUUAAACUCGAUGCAGCUGUCAGCGAACGAACCACAUUUGGGACUGAGUCCUUACUCAACUCUGCCGUGUAUGGCCAAUCGAAUGCACCAUCAGAAAAGUAUCUCCAAGCUUUCGUACGACAGCCCACGGUUCAAACUCACACCUGAGAGAGCUGUUCCUCUGAUAAAAUGGUUUGACGAACACAAAGAUCAUCCCUAUCCCACAAGACAUGAAAAAAUUCUCCUCUGUCAAACAACUCAAUUGACAUUUACACAGGUGUCUACCUGGUUUGCAAAUGCCCGACGACGGAUGAAGAAAGCAACUCUAGAGGAUGAAGAAACGAGAAGCUCUUCACCGUGUUCUUCUCCAGAGUACAAGGAGGCGUCUUCACCAGCUAACAGUCCACAGGAGCUCACAAUAAAUACGGACACUGUCAGUGCUUCCUCCACUGUUCAUACAAUCAGCGUGGUGGAUCAUCAUGCUCAGAGUGUAAAGAAGAAGUAUGGAACAGACGAAACUUCACCUACAACGUAUUGGGAUACUACAGCUGUGUAUUAAAAUGUCGCUGUUGGAACAAGAUUGAUACCUAUAAGAUUUUUGGCUAACAUAGUUGGUGGUUGAGGCAUUCGAUGUUUAUGCUAACCAUAGCGUAGUACCUUAUAGCCUCGAUCUCUGUUCUUUGUUGCUAGGCGCAAUUUGUGACGUUUAUUAUUUAGUGUGAUUUGUAAACACAUCAUCGUGCACCCUGUAUAUACCUAUCAGCAUCUUUUUCUAUUAUAUAAAUUUAUACCUUUUUCUACCGCCAUAUAUAGUACUGAUAAUUUCUACUCUAGAUCUAGCUUGAACCACUGCAUGGUUGUAUUAAUUUAUCAGAAAACACCUAG